GCCGGCGCCCUUUUCCUCCGUUGGGGACCCUGCCCCGCACGGCAGGGUCGCUGGUCCUAGUCCAGCUCUUCCGCCGAGGCCAACGCCCACGGUGGCGGCCGCACUCCCGGCCCGCCAGGCCCAGCUUCUCGGCUGCCGCCGCCUGGCGUACGGCCUGCUCUGAGGCGCGCCUUCUCUCCCCUCGCCCCACCGUCCUCCUCCCCCUUCACGGAAACGACAGCUGUGGUGGCGUGGCUGGCGCCGCCUCCCUCCACCUACCACGUCUGCCCCCGGCGCCCCAGCCCGGCCGCGGCGCCUCCGCCUCCCAGCUAAGUCAGCCGGCGGCUCCGCCCGGCUGCCGCCCAGGAUGAACAUCAUGGACUUCAACGUGAAGAAGCUGGCGGCCGACGCGGGCACCUUCCUCAGUCGUGCCGUGCAGUUCACAGAAGAAAAGCUUGGCCAGGCAGAGAAGACAGAAUUGGAUGCUCACUUAGAGAACCUCCUUAGCAAAGCUGAAUGUACCAAAAUAUGGACAGAAAAAAUAAUGAAACAAACUGAAGUGUUAUUGCAGCCAAAUCCAAAUGCCAGGAUAGAAGAAUUUGUUUAUGAGAAACUGGAUAGAAAAGUUCCAAGUCGUGUAAACAACCCAGAACUUUUGGGACAAUAUAUGAUUGAUGCAGGGACUGAGUUUGGCCCAGGAACAGCUUAUGGUAAUGCCCUUAUUAAAUGUGGAGAAACACAAAAACGAAUUGGAACAGCAGACAGAGAGCUGAUUCAAUCAUCAGCCUUAAAUUUUCUCACUCCAUUAAGAAACUUUAUAGAAGGAGAUUACAAAACAAUUGCUAAAGAAAGGAAACUAUUACAAAAUAAGAGGCUGGAUUUGGAUGCUGCAAAAACCAGACUAAAAAAGGCAAAAGCUGCAGAAACUAGAAAUUCAUCUGAGCAGGAAUUAAGAAUAACUCAAAGUGAGUUCGAUCGUCAAGCAGAGAUUACCAGACUUCUGCUAGAAGGAAUCAGCAGUACACACGCUCAUCACCUCCGCUGUCUGAAUGACUUUGUAGAAGCCCAGAUGACUUACUAUGCACAAUGUUACCAGUACAUGUUAGACCUCCAGAAACAACUGGGAAGUUUUCCAUCCAAUUAUCUUUGCAACAACAAUCAGACUUCUGUGACACCUAAUCCAUCUGUUUUAUCAAAUGCAAUUGGUUCUUCUGACAUGGCUUCAACAAGUGGCCUAGUAGUCAACUCUCCUUCCAACCUCAAUGACCUUAAGGAGUGUAGUGGCAGCAGGAAGGCCAGGGUUCUUUAUGAUUAUGAUGCUGCAAACAGUACUGAAUUAUCACUUCUGGCAGAUGAGGUGAUCACUGUGUUCAGUGUCGUUGGGAUGGAUUCAGACUGGCUAAUGGGGGAAAGGGGAAAUCAGAAGGGCAAGGUGCCAAUUACUUACUUAGAACUGCUCAAUUAAAUAGGUGGACUAUGCAAAGAUUACUUAUCAUGACAUCAUAUUUAUACACAGUUAACCUCUAAAUAAAGCAGGUUUAAGUAUCUUCCAUGUUAAUGUCUUCAGAGACUGAAAAGAAAAUUACCAGCCAUCAGAAACUGGCCUUUCUGCCAAUAAAGUUGCAUGGUAAAUAUUUCAUUACAGAAUUUAUGUUAGAGCUUUCAUGCCAAGAAUGUUUUCUUUUAAAAUUCUCUUUACUGAAGCUUCACUAACAAGCAGCUUCUACUUUUGAGCCCAAACUUAAGGCAGAAGAACCGUUUUCUACUGAAUUUUUCAUUAACAGCAAGCUUUUUCUUUUAUGUAAAAUAAACUUACUGUGAAUUAAUAUCAGUGACUCAUCUAUUAGGUAUAAUUAUUAGCCAAAGAAUAAAAUUAAAAAUUGUUUUAAACUUCUGGUUUGAAAAGAGCUCUAGAAUUUAAACCUCUUUUGUGAAGAAUAUGUUUCUAAAUGCCUCCAUAAACAGAAAUGCAAUUUACCAUGUUUACCUUGUUUUCUAAUAGAAAUCAAAUGAUUUCUAUUAUUUUGAUGGGUUCUUUUGGGGGGUUUUGUUUAUUUUUUUAAAACAUUACUGAAUGGUUUCUUUUAAUGACAACCAGUCCUUGAAAAGCAUUAUCAUAUUUCUCUGAUACAUUUAUAGUUAAAGUUCUCAAACAUCUGGGACAAAUUCGGUUUGCUAAACAUAAUGUUUAAGAUUAUUCAGUUGGCACAAUUUAAUGCAUAAUCACUUGGAUUCAUUAAGAACAUACUGCAAUACAGUAAGAAGGAUUUGUUCCUAUUGAACAACAAAUCUGUAUGAAAAUAUGGAUUAGUGCAACUACGUUCAUUAUAAAUUGUGUACAAACAAACCUUUGGUUACUCUGAGCUUACUUUAAAUUUUUUUAAAUUUAUUAAUGAAUGUAGGUUAUCUUGGUCAGGAUCUCUGGUUAUGAAAUACACAGUUAUGAAAUUAUUGGUGACAUAUUUGAAGCUAGAGAAUUGCUAUUUGGGCCAUUGCUAUGAAUCAGCAAUGGCUAUAAAUUAGGAAAUUGGCAGAGUGUUUCCAUGUUAGUUAGGACUUCUGUUCUCAUUCAUUCAUUCAGUAAACAUUUGUUGAGGGCCAGGUACCAUGUUGAUCAACCGAGGAUACUAUGCUGAACAAGAUGCACACAGUCCUUGCCCUUGCAGAACUUAAAGACCAGUAAAAGAUACAGAAAAGUAAACAAGCACUUGACCUAUAACAGGAUCAGCAUUACGGUGUAAGAUAUGUAGAGUACCAUGUUUGGGAGGCACCUAACACAGAUUUGAGGAAUGAGUGUUGGUUUGGAGAGGAAGUGUUCCAGGUAGAGGCAAAAAGAUAAUACCAGGCUAGAGCCAAGAGAGGGUAGCACAUUCUGAUAACUAAAAGUAGUUCAAUCUGGCAUAAGCAUGAAGUGCAAAAGUGUAGUUCGCCUAUUCAGGGAAUGUUAAUCUAUCAAAAUGAGAUUUUUUGGUACUUUAAAAAAAUAAUACUUAAUCAUCAUUUUAAAAUAUCCUUUUUUAUUAAGCACCUAAUAAGAGCUUGGUAAACAUGUUAAUAAUUUAUUUCACAGUCCAUACUUUAAGAGUAGUUGUGACCUUUUUUUUUUCUGUUCUAUGAGACAAAUUUCUCUGCAAUUUUAUGGUUGUAUAAAACAUUUUGACUCACGGUAUGAAUUGCCAUAUUCUUAACCCCAAAAGCUGCUCAAGCUGGUUAGUUUUCUAUAGAACCAAGUGAAUUAAGUAUUUUCCCUCCUUAAGAGAGGAAGUUCUACAGCCUAGAGUAGUAUCUAUUAUAUAAGACCAGAUUUAGGCUUUGAAACAUCAUACCAAAAAUUCAAGUCAACAGCAACUAUAAAUUAGGUUUUGGGAAGUAGAGUAAUUAAGGGGAAAGAAUAUAGGUAAUGGAGUGAAGUGGUCCUGGAUUCAAUCCCAGUCUUGCUCACUUACUGUACUCUUUGAGCUUCAGUUCAGAUGUAUAACUGCUGUUUCCUUACCUGUAAAGUGGGGAUAAUAAUUAUGCCACCUUAGCGUUGUUGAGAGGAUAAUAUAGCAAACGUUAUCUUGUAUGUUAGGUGCUUUUUAGGGAAAGGCUUGCACAUAAUAAACAUGUUCUGUAAAUGUCAGUUUCCCAAGCUGGCUAGUUGGCUCAAUUGGUCAGAGUGUGGUGCUGAUGAUAACACCAAGGCCCGGGAUUUGAUCCCUGUACCAGCCAGCAAAAAAAUAAAUGUAAUUUUCCCCUUGUUAGCCCCUAUAGCUUCCUGACCUGCCCAAACUAUAGACAUGUUUGUGACUGUGUACCAGAGAUAUCUCUUUUACAUUCAUUCUCUGUUUUACUCCCUGUCAUCCUCCAGCCUUGUUAAAUCAGACCCAGGUCUAGGUUUAAUCUGACCACACUUGGUAUAAAAAAUUUCUUUUUUUUUGGUGCAAUCUGGCCAGUACUAGGAUCUGAACCCUUGACCUUGAUGUUAAGUGUAAAUUCUUUAUUGAGACCUUCUGCUUUCUGUCAGGCAUAUGUUGAUUAUAGAACCCAACAAUGUGUAGAAGCCUUCAAUAACAUUAAGGUUCAAGGGCUUCUUGUACCUUUGUCUACCACAAAUUUACCACAAUAUGUAGGCUUGUUCUUAUGUUUAUUGCUUUUUGUUUUAAUAGGGUUUUGUUUGGUUGGUUGGUUAGGGGGUUUUUUUUGGUUUUGACUUAUUUAAAGUAAUAGGUUUAGUUUUUACUCAGGUAAAGGCCUGUGUAGGUUCUUAGGCAUGGAAGAAAAAGCUUAGGAAGCCUACUAAUUCAUGGUGCAAUUCAGAAUUGUUUAAGUACAAACAAAAAAAAGUGAUUGGAUUGCAUCUACCUCUGUUCUUAACACAAAAUGUCAUGGUGUUAAAACUUUUUUUAUGGUGCUAAUCAGAAAAAAAUACAUUGCAGGAGAUGAGGUUCUAAAAAUGGAAUGUGCCUGACUCUGGGUAACGUGGGAAAUAAGAAACCUGAGGCCAGGAUCACCAGUGUGUUAGAGUCCGUCCUUAUAGUCUGCUGUUAUCCUCCACCACAACAAAGGAACAAAAUGAGACUGGGGAAGCUGAUGUGGGAAGAAAUUUCUGAGAAUAAUCUGUGGAGUAGAGAAGAUGAUGGAGGGCAGGAUAAGAAACCACAGAGUCAAUUAUACCCAGAGAGGCCUAGCUUACUCCUUGCUUUGUUGACUGGAUUCCUGAAAAAUUCCUUCUCUAUCUCCCAAACGCCUGAAAUUUUAAAAAAUAUGUUGCCCUCAUGUGUAGCACUUCAAGCCUGGUUGAGGAACCAUACUGGGGAGAUGGCUUUACAGUUUGGCCUAAAGACAACUUUGCCUCAACCCCUUCUCCAGAUGAUUGAGUGGCUUUUACCUCAGGAUGAGACUCAAAAAUAGGGGAGGGAGUUCCACGACCACAACCGCCCUCUCUCCCACAUUAUGCUAAUUAAAAAGUCUACUCAGAGCAGUGGUUCUGGAAGUGUGAGGCCCCAGAACAGCAACAUUAGCAUCACCUGGAAACUUGUUAAAAAUGCUAAUUACUAUUUCCAACCACUUUCUACCUUCAUUUGUACUUAUUUUUUGUCUUCAAGGGCCUGUGAAACUGGUCUUGUUCUCUCAUGUGACAGCUUUUAAAAUAUUUUAAAACAAAAACUAAGUUCUGAUUUAUACUACAUUCUAGCACUAAUCUUAAUUGUAAUUAUAUAGUUAUUUUUAUAGUUUGUUUACUAUAUAUCUUUCACUCUAGAAUGUAUGCUCCCUGAGAUAGAGACUACAAUUCUUUUGAUCACAGUUAAAUUCCAUAUUCUUAGCACAAGACCUAAUACAAAGUAAGUACUCAGUAAAUGUUUGUUGAAUGAAAGAAAAGAUGCAAAUUUAUAAGCUUUCCCCAAGACCUACUGAAUUAAACUAUGGAGGUGGGGACCAGCAAUCUGUUAUAAUAAGCCAUUUGAGUGAUUCUGUUGCACUCUAAAGUUUGAGAACCACUGCAGUAGAACUAAGAGAACUUGCGUUUCACCUUCAGGCCUACUAUCUGAUGUCACUUGAAAAAAUUCUCCCUGCCUUCUGUAACUCUUACCAACAACACUCUCUGUCAGAUGUAGGGGAAUAUUCUGGGAUAUAUUACAAGUGGGUAUGAAGGUAUAAGAAUAUGUAUAGUAUAAGUAAGGGAAAUAUUGCUUAGAAUGCCAGUACUUGGUUACUGUAGAAGGUUUCCAGGAAUGGAUCCCUUAGUCUGAAGAAGGGUGUAAGCACUACCACCACCCACAUUUUCACUUAGCACAGUGCCUUUUAAUUGGACUAGUUAACAUCUGAACUCCCUGACAAACUUAAGGCCUUAUCAGACUAACAUAUGUGUAUACCCCAUGUUCCUCCCAGGUUACCAAACCCUGCCCUCAUUCCUAUUUAAGCGAAACUUUUUAACAAUUGUUAAUGCUUUUUUAUAAUACAAGUCAUACCCAUGUUGACAAAAAGAAAAAAAAAGUUAAAAAGAUAAAA